UUUCCAUCCACAUCACCAUUCCUCUCCUCUCGUUCAUUGCUCACUUAGUCGCUUGCAUUCCGGCAAUGGCUCGCUUUGGUGCAGUUGUUGCGGCGCUCGUGGUGGCGGCUGCCGUCUUCGCGGCGUCGCAGGCCGACGCUGCGGUCACCUGCAGCCAGGUGGCAUCCAACCUGCGUUCCUGCAUUCCCUACGUUACCGGGCGGGUCGCGGAAUUGCCCUCUGCCUGCUGCGACGGGGUCAGGACCCUCAACAGCGCUGCCAGGAGCACCGCCGACCGGCGCGCCACCUGCAACUGCAUCCGGUCGCAGGCGAGCGGCAUCAACGGCAUCCAGACCGGCCGCCUCUCUGGCAUCCCCAGCAGCUGCGGCGUCCAGGUCCCGUACCCCAUCAGCGCCUCCACCGACUGCUCCAGGGUGACUUAGCUUAAUGGAACGGAUCCAGACUCAGCCUUUAGCUCGUUGAAUGAGAUACUAGUUGACUUAUAGUCUAAUGUAUUGAAUAAAGAUGGGAGGUUGUAUGAGACCCACACGGGCUCAACCCAUCGUCACUGUAGUUUCAGUGCUGAGACUGCUUAUGUUCUAUCGUUCUAUCUUUAAUUAUGGUCGUUUCUUAUUA